AGAAAGCUCCAGCGAGUUUUCAUGGCGACCACCGCGUCCGCAGCUCCCAUCUACCCCCUUCUCUCCUCGUCUCCUCGAUCCUCGAUUCCCGAAUCCCUAACCCUAGUCGUCUCUCAGCACCGCGUCUCCUCCAAGGACUCUACGAUCCAGCACUGCGCCCAAGUCUCUCGCAGGAGGGACUUCAUCGGCGGCAUCGCGCUUCUCGCCGCACUAUGGAGAGAACCGCUGGCUUCAGAAGCCCGGGAAGUCGAGGUUGGGUCUUAUUUGCCGCCUUUCCCUUCCGAUCCUUCCUUCGUGAUCUUCAAAGCCUCGCCCAAGGAUACCCCUGCUCUCCGAGCUGGUAAUGUGGAGCCAUAUGAAUUCAUUCUUCCAUCAACUUGGAAACAAGCACGAGUUGCAAACAUCCUUUCUGGAAACUAUUGUCAACCAAAGUGUGCUGAACCUUGGGUUGAGGUUAAAUUUGAAGAUGAGAACCAAGGAAAGAUUCAGGUGGUAGCAUCACCUUUGAUACGUCUAACUAACAAACCAAAUGCCACCAUUGAAGAUAUUGGCAGCCCGGAGAAGCUGAUUGCAUCUCUUGGCCCCUUUGUCACUGGAAAUACAUUUGACCAAGAUGAACUACUUGAAACAUCCAUUGAAAAAAAGGGUGAUCAGACGUAUUACACCUAUGUGCUCGAAACUCCAUUUGCAUUGACGGGAUCACAUAAUUUGGCGAAAGCUACUGCCAAGGGAAGCACAGUUGUUCUGUUUGUAGCCAGUGCCAAUGACAAGCAAUGGCCAUCCUCUCAAAAGACUCUGAAAGCCAUGUUGGAUUCCUUCCAAGUAUAGUAGCAGUUUGUACAGAGUGUUCAAAGAGGCAAAGCAAAUUAAGAGCUGAUAUUAAUCAUAAUAUUUAUCUAUUUUUUAUUUUAUGUUAUUCUGUUUCAACAGGGGUAGAUAGUUACCUGUGCUUGUGCUUGUGAUUGAGAGUUUCGAGUUCGAAUCUCUCAUAUUACAUUUUACUUUUUGAAGCCAGUGAAGCCACCGUAAUUGGUGCACUUCUAUAUCCGUUUAUAUUUUGUUUUGUCGUUUGUUGAUUUUGUAUAAAAGAAAAUUAUAUUUCAAUU